AUGGAGGGGUUUGUUUUUUCCCCGUAUAACUAUAACGUCUAUCCGGGGUGUAGUCCGUAUAACCACAGCAGACAGAAACCCAAGUAUCAGAACUGGAGCAAAAAAAGUAGCGUCUUCGUGGCCCCCGAGGCCGUGAACUAUUUGGAUUUCUACAAACGCGCUCAGCUGAGGGCGAUCCUGUCCCAGGUCAACCCAAACCUAGCGUCUCGCCUCACGAAAGCCAACACUAAAGAGUUCGGUGUUCAGGUUAACCCGAAGGUAGACGCAGUCGUGCAAUGCUCUCUUGGCCCAAAAACCCUGUUCUACCGCGAGCGAAAAUGGUUUCCUUCCAAGUCACUCGUUACGACUCCGAUAUUGACGACCAACUUCAUGCCCAGGACUCCGGUGAACAAUGUUCGUUUUUCCAAACCCAUCGCAAUCUAUUCCCCUGUGUUCGAUCGAAGGUUUUUUACACUGCCGGACAAUGCAGACUGUAAUGGCUCCUGUGAAUGGGACGAGGAAGAGGAUGACCAGUGUGAGGAAGACUCGGAUAGUGAGGUGAAAGGGAAAAGGACUGAGGGCGCGAUGAAACAUGAAGAUGUACGUCAAGCUGUUAAGGAAACCCCUUCCCCUGUGCCAAGGAAAUUCAACUUUCAGUUUCUGGAACAGAAGUAUGGGUUUUUCCACUGCAGCAAGUGCAACAUCCGCUGGGAGAGCGCGUACGUGUGGUGCAUCUCAGGAACCAACAAGGUGUACUUCAAGCAACUAUGUCGCAAGUGCCAGGUGGGCUUCAAUCCAUACAGAGUGGAGUCCAUCCAGUGCCAGGCCUGUGGGCAGACGCGUUGCUCCUGUGAGAAGAAGCAGAGGCACAUUGAUAUGACGAGACCUCACCGGCAGGAUUUGUGUGGACGCUGCAGGGGCAAGAGGCUGUCCUGUGACACCACCUAUAGCUUCAAAUACAUAGUUUAAGCACUGCACUUCC